GCAUCUUCCCUUGCUGUUCAGAUGUUGCAUAUGAAGUGUGGGUAGAAGACAUCACACGUGUAACAGCAGCUGGAGCAGCAUGGACAUUGCCAGGUCCUGCAAAGCCAGCAGGCAAAGGAAAAUAUCUAGGACUGGGAGACACCACCAGUGCCUUAAAUUACUUGAAUUACUGACGAAUUAGUCCUUUGGGUAUUCUUACUGUUUGCAUGGAGUUUGUGGUGCCAAGGUAACAAGAUACUCAAUUUUUGAUGUAUUCUGAUGGGAGCAUGGAUUUGGUAAGUGAUGCACUGGCCAGUGCCUUGUAUUUUCUUUGUGAUGGCUGUAUCCUUAGGCAGUAAUAGAGGUUCUGUUUUGGAUGAAACACUCUGGAGACCAAUUUCUUGUUUAAUAGUGCAGGACCUGAAUUAUUUGGCUGAUGUUGACCAGGACUACUAUCCUCUCCUUAUGUAUUUGUCUGUGUCUCUGUCUGUGUGUGUAUGUAUAGUAAUUGGCUCCCUAGCAGAGUUUUAAGUUAGUUAGGCUUAGUCAAAAGAUGUAGAAAUCCAUGUUUCUGAUGUAUUUUGUAGAACCAUCACAAUUCUGAGGUGGGCUCUUGUCACUUGUAAUGAGUUUGUGUAGCAGUUCGUGACUAUAAUUUCUUUCUUUAAAUGAAGAUUCGGAUUUGAGUCAGUUAAUCUAAACAUACAAGAGCCAAAUAUCAUAAUGGACUGUGCAAUUCUUCAGUUUGGUGGAAAAAGACCAAAGUUUUUUUUUUUUUUUCCCUGGAUUAGUUUAGAGUUUGGAAAUAAAAGCCUUAAAGAGCACGGGGUUAUUUUUGUUUCCUUGAUUCUACAGAAACCACAAAGUUAGGAACAGGGCUGAUGACAGUUCAUGACUUAAGGUUUCAUCUGGUGCAGAGAUGAGCAGAUCCUAAUGUUAAGGUUUAGGUUGCUUUCAUGUGUGCGAUGAGAAUCUGAGCAGCUAAAGCUGCGAGAGUGUGGUUUACUGCCAGAUGCUGCAAUCUGAAGAGCAGGGAAGAGGCUUGUGUAGAAAGUGCUGUGUUACAGCAGCAUUUUUCUUCAUUUUGAGAGCCUUGUUGCUCUAGGCCUUUUUUACCUCAAGUCAUGUUAUAUAAAUAGGUAACAGAAUAAUUUUGGAAUCUGGAAUUGCAGCCUGUCUAAUUGCAGAGACAAAAUGAAUGAUAGGACUGAGCUGAGUUGUGAGAGUCUAGAGAUUAAGAGAUUCCUUAUUUGCCGUGUUCUGUCCAAACUGCAAAUAUUUUUCUUGACAUUUUGGUAUUUCAAAAGAAACAGCCUAUGGAUUUUGUGGUAGUGGCAAGUGCUGACAAAAACUGUUAUCCUUCUGAGAAGGCUUUGAAUCUAAGAACACAGGUAGAAGGGAAAGGCCUUUUUGCAAAUGUGCAAUCUGCCAAUCCGGGUGAUUUGCAGGGCAAACGCCGAGUACAUGUCCCCAUCUGGCAAAGUACCCUUUAUUCAUGUGGGAAAUCAAGUAGUAUCUGAACUUGGGCCCAUAGUCCAGUUUGUAAAAGCCAAGGGCCAUUCCCUCAGUGAUGGAUUGGAUGAAGUCCAAAAAGCUGAGAUGAAAGCCUACAUGGAAUUGGUCAAUAAUAUGCUCUUGACAGCAGAGCUCUAUCUCCAGUGGUGUGAUGAUGUUACAGUAGAGGAGAUUACUCACCCAAGGUAUGGCUCUCCUUAUCCAUGGCCUCUUAACCGCAUUUUGUCCUACCAGAAGCAGUGGGAGGUUAGGCGAAAGAUGAAAGCCAUCGGAUGGGCUGGAAAGACACUUGAACAGGUGCUUGAAGAUGUAGAUCAGUGCUGUCAUGCUCUCUCCCAGAGAUUAGGAACACAACCAUAUUUCUUCAAUAAGCAACCAACUGAAUUAGAUGCUCUGGUGUUUGGACAUCUGUUCACAAUCCUUACUACUCAACUAAUCACUGAUGAACUCUCUGAAAAGGUGAAGAACUACAGCAAUCUCACAGCGUUUUGUCGGCGAAUAGAGCAGCAGUACUUUGAGGGCCAUGAGAGAGACAGCUCUGCAACUGCAGCCCGAUCUUCCAAGAGGUCCUUGCUGAGAUAAGCUUGGUGCUUGGGGGUGGAUUAUGCUGCAGUUUGGGUACAACAUUGUUCAAUAAAUUGAUUUUGAGAAUGGAAACGUGUGUUAGCUUUUUGAAGCUGCCAAAUUAUUCUGGAGCAAAAAAAAGUGGUAAAUCCAGUUCUUGUGUUGUAGAAUAUACUGUGCACAUUUGAGCUGAAAUGUCUGUAUGAGCGUUUCCAUUUUAAUAGCCUGUAUGCCACGUACUCUAAAGUCACAUUGAAAAAAUAUUGUAUCCGUUUCAAAAAAAUAAAACACUGAAAGUUGAUCUCUGA